AUUCGCCUCCUCGACACCAACGAGGUUUUAUUGGCAAGCAUAGAGGAGCUGCUGUCCUCGCACAACCUUGCAUGCAAUAUUUAAUCCAUGUCCGCGAAGAUUCUGGCUUUCCGCCCUCAGAAUUGGCUCCUCCCCCGCCCUCCGCAAAAAGUCAUGACAUCAAGGAUACAAACACCCGCUCUCGAACUAGCUCGACGUGCAUACAGAUUUCCACCUACUCUCUGUUUCUGUGUCGUUGAGAUGCAACAAGGCCACUCUUCUUCUCGCUCUUUUGAGAGAGCUGUCGUAUGGUGGAUGGUUGUCAUGUCCAGGAUGAUCGCAACCUCUUGACUUCUGCCAUAGUCUGACCUGUCCCGCUCCUCACAGGACGCCUAACAAGAGAUAGCUCACGAUGAUAACUGAUGUCUGACAUGGGCUCGGUACGCCAAUAAACUCUGCAUCAUUUCAAUCAUCUGGUCAUCAACUCAGGAACGGCUGGGGAAACCAUGCUAGCUCACUGCCGUGGGGCUUCUUGACUUUCAACACCACAGAAUGUCAGCCAGCAUAUGCUAGCUUAUACAAAUACGCUGGGGAUCAUGCAUCAUUGAAAGGUCAACAAUUCUGGUCGAGCCAAUCAACGCCGAAGUCUCACGAAACCAUUGUACGGACUUGUCAAAGGUUGUUCGUGCCUUGCAUACAUGCGUCCCUGAUCUGAGGGGCAUCAUUCUAAUCCUCGAAUUCAUCUCCCGAGGUGAGACGAGGCGACUCGUUUGAGCUUAUCCUUGGGUCGGGUCAUGGAUUAUAAUAUGUCGAUGUCGGCUCAUAGGAUCGGGUUUCCUUUCUCGUUCCGCGGCAGUCUCUCUGAAUACUUCUCGAGCCUCUCUCGCUUCCACUCCUCCAUCCAAUUCAACACCUUGACCUACUUCUUUUGUCCAACCCUACGAUGAAGGCCUUCUCGUUUCUUGGGUCUCUUGCCUUGUUGGGCGCUGCGGUGAGCGGUUCUGCCCUUCCCAAGACGCGUACCGCGGACUGGCAGAAUUGCCUGACGCAAAGCGAAGCCGAGUCGAUUGUCGACCAGUACACUUCCAUCCUGAGCCAUUCGGACGUUACUUCUGCCAAUGCCACAGCCCAAGCUCUGCUUGACGACAACUACACCGAGAUCAGCGACUCGAUCUUGUCCCUGGAAGGGCAGCCACUCGGCACCGCUACGUUUGUGGGCAAACAAGUCUACAUUGAAGGCGUCCUCAAUGCGCCUGGCGUGGAAGGGAUCAAUACGCUAGAGGUCCUUGUGGCUGGGUGCAACAAGAUUCUGUGGUAUUGGCUCUUCACUGGUAUUGGAAGUCGAGAAUACGAGGUCAAGGGGUUCAACUUGUUCACCAUUACCGACGUCGGUCAAAUCGUUCAGGUCAAUCUGGAGUUCAAUAGCAUCGCCUGGGGGUUGGACACUGGGUACCAGGUCAUCUUCCCAUCGAACCCGCAACCUACCUGAAAGAGAAAUUGUUUAUGGUAGUUGUUAACGUCGACAAGGGUAAUUUUGAUGA